UCCAACGAUAGGGCGUAGAGGCCUCGCGGCAUGCUUGCGUUGCCUGUCCAUAUCUUGGGAAGAGAACUUUUCCACGAUUGGUGUCGACUUCCAUAAAAGAGUACAUGCUGCAGGAAAAACAGACUGUCACCCAACUUUCCCCACACUCCUUUAUUGACUCCUCUUCUUGUCAGAUCAAGAUCCAUUCUUUGCAAGAUGCGUCUCGACAUGCGAAACCUUCUGGCUGCCUCCCUUCCUCUUGUCGUCCUGGGUGCGCGCAAGCGCGACGUGUCCCCGUCCGCAACAUUCCAAUUGUACGCGUACGGCGAUGGCUUUGGUGGAUUGCCGCUCUUCUAUGCGGAUGGCCUCGCCUACAUUGGUGAUCCGAGCCUUGCUAACAGCUCGGAUGCUGCUGUCGUGAUCUUCACUACGGACUCUGAUCACCACUUCGUCGGCAAUCCAAACGUCACUGCCGGCGAUAUUGCGCCCUCGUGGUCCAACGUUACGUUGUUCGUUCCCGAGCCCUCGUCCGGCGACAAGCGUGUUGGCUUCCUUCCGCCGAACGAUGGUACCGGCAACGCUACCACGCAUACUUCUGGCUUCGCCUUCUACGGGUCCACGGCCAUGCUUUACGGCGACGAUGGCAGCAUCGCGACCUCUUUCAGCGGCAUGCAGUCGCAGAAGAACGGCAUCUACGAGCUCUUCUGGAACGACACUGAAGGAACAACACCGUUGACGCUGAGAAGACAAGCACCUAGCAACAAGCCUAGUAACAUAACCUCGGAAGCUCGCUAGAUCGGGAGUAGACUAUCUUCGAAUGU